UGUCGUCUGCUAUACACGAGAUGACCGCUACUGUCAGCCAUGGUGUUAGUAGUGGAAGCUGAACAGAUUUGUUUGAUUAUUAUCUCAGUGUUUUACUUUUUACUGAUCAAAUUCCAUCCAAUAAUUACUGGUGUUUUAACUGAUAUGAUCCUCUGGAUUCUUUAAGUUCUCUUAACCAAGCUGUAAAGAUGAAUACCAAAGCAGCUGCAUUUGUAGCCAAGAUUCGUAACCUGAAUGACUAUCAUUUGCGGUUACAACAUGGGGUUCUUCCUACACCUUCAGGAGUCGACAUUGCUAACGCCAUCAACUACUUCUCACAGACCUUAACAAAUGUCCUGAAGGACGUGCCCAACUCUCCACUGGAGCUGCUCAAAUGUGCAGACAAGGAUGGUGUGAGGAUGGCGUUGUACCCGAGCCUGGACUACCGAGGACUCUACAUGGCCUUGCAACAGCUGGUAGACGUUGCUCCUCUCAUGCAGUUUGGUUUGCACGCUUUUGGCCAGUCCCUGCUGCAGUGCCUGGGAUGUAUUCUGCCGUUCCUAGAACAUGAUAUGAUCGACACUCUGCCGUACCUCACAGCUUCAUCAAUGUCUGCUCUGCCGGCCUCUCUACACCAGGACAUUGUCAACUCCUUGUGCUACUACAUUCUGCCGUUCACCAUCACUCGCAAUGCAGACGACGACCAAACAAACUACGCCAGUCAGUCUGUUUCUGCUGUGGUCAUGAUGGUGUUCCAGUAUUCUGAUGACAUGGCUCACCAUUGUCAAAUGCUGGAGUGUCUGAUGACUCUGAAGCUGAACCUGGUGAAGGACCUCUUGUGUGUGAUUGCCUACGGGACUUCAGGUGCCAGGAUGUCGGCUGCGAAACUGCUCUUCUACUAUUGGCCGACAUUCAAUUCUCGUCUUUUUGAACGCAGAGGAACACCUCCCACACUGUACAACAGAAAGCCGUUCCCCUGUCAGAGAGACAUGUGUCCCAACGCCGGGACUGCCGAGGCUGCCAAAGUCUGCUAUGAUCACUGCAUCUCCAUCACCUUCGCCACCAAGUCCCCCCCUCCCCUCUACCUCUGUAUCGAGUGUGCCAAUGAGAUACACCGUGAACACCCAGAGCAGAUGUUCUAUGACAUUCUACAUCCGAUGCUGCAGGGCUCCGUGUCCUGUGAGAACAAGAACUGUCGAUCAUCUGAUAAAAGUGUGGUUUCAAUAUGCUUCACAACGGAAUGUGUGAGUUACAACAGCAACCAUCCGAUCCGCUACUGUCAGCAAUGUCACAGUAUCAGACACAACAACAGACGUGGUGGAGACCACAUUGUACACACUUGUCUACCCAAGGCCUGGGACAUGGACUCUGAGAUGCUCAGCUACCUGGUGGAGGCUAUAGUGAGUCUGCUAAAAGAGGCACGAACGACCACAGCAGAGAUCCCCAAAGACAUGAACGAUAUCCAGACGAAGGCUGCGCUGCUGAACGUGUUGUCCCCGAGCUACCCACUGUCCACGGAGGAACGUCAGCUGAUGGGACGCUUUGGUGUGUGGCUGCUUGUCGGACUCUGCACUCCCAAGGAGAACACCUCCAGUGACAUCCUAGGACGUCUGCUGUCCAUGCUGUUCCAUUGGUUCCAUGUCACGGCGUACUCGUUUGAUGACCAGGCGGAGUGUACCCUGGAGCAGCUCAAGACGGACUAUGUGUGUCAGUGGCUCAAUGAGGUGUGUCAGUCUCACUUCAACAUCUUUGUGUCAUGUCUGCUGCCCCACCCUCCAGACUACGCUAGGGUGGGAGGUCACUGGGACAUGUUGGUAUCUCGCACGUCUCAUCUCAAGAACGGUUUGAACCGGUUGUUCUCGCUGGUGCCAUACGAGGUGAUCACUCCAGAGAUCUGGGACUUUGUGAUGCCUCAUUGGCUCGAGGCAAUAGUUAAGGACGUUCCAGAGAAGGAGUUGCCGGAACUGAAACUUUUGCUAAGCAAGAUGCUGGACCCUGAGAUGAGUCCUCUCGGGUUUGAAGCUAAAAAGCUCUUUCAUUUUGUGUCAGUUCGCUUCAAGCAGACAACCCCCAAAGUUAUGGAACAGGCACUCAACUGGUUACAGAUCCUAACCAUCUUAGACAUUGUGAUUCAUCGGCAUCUCUUGUUCACCUUCUUCGAGGACGGAAUCAACAGUAUGAAAGAAGGAGAGACUCUGGGAAAGGACAGGGACAGUUUGAGGAAAAGCAAUAUUUCACCAGUUGUGGAAGAUGAGUCGGGACAGACAUCAGGUAUCUCUGAUGACGAAGGUCAGACAAACCGACAGAGCAAACGGCAGCACAGCGAUGGAGAGCUGAAGUUGUCGUGCUGCGUGCUCAUGUUGGAUAUUGUGCUCAAACAGAUGGAGAAGCAAGGAGUGGAAAGACACACUGGUAUUCACACUGUAGUAGCUCAGGAUACUUGUCGGAUACUACAGUGGAUGCUGCAAGCCCCGUGGUUGACGUCCCAUGUUUGCACUGGGUCUGGCAAGACUGAGUGUGUUCACUGUGAACUGACUAUCGUGUGGCACCAACUGGCGCUAGAGCUAGUCGGCUACAUAGCCCAGGAGAACCCAGCACACCCCCCUGAUCCGCCACUGAAGGAGGAGUCUGACGAGCACAAGUCCCCCGGGGAAGACAAGAAGGCUGAGCCAAAGCCUGACGUCGUCAUCAACAUGCCACUGCUCGAGAUACACACAGUGGGUGGAGUCCUGGUCAACAUGCCCCAUGCUCAAACUACACCAAAGGACAAUGAAGUACCUUACAGAUUCAAUAAGAUCAUGACUGCCACUGUGGAGACAGUGAUGGAGCAGCUGGAUUUGGCUCCGAUGAUAAUAUCUGAGCGAGCAGUACCAGCCGUCGCUCGAGCCGUCACACUCACCGAUACUGACGUCGCCACAGCCAAGGUGAACAUUGCCCGACCGAAUCUGGUAGGUGAGAAUGACCAGCCCGUGGAGCAUUCGGAGGAUGACAUGGACGAUUUCUGGCACACAUCUGUCGGCAAGUUCCGCUUCUCUAUAGAUGAACUGCCACACCAGCUGCAAUAUAUACACACACUGCUGAAGGAGUUGCCGAAGACUGAGGAGCCAGAUGUCUUGUACUACAUGUUGCAAUGUCUACAUCUGAUGGUGCUGCACGGAGACGCUCUCAACAAGGCUGUCAAGGACCACCGAGGUUUCAUCAUCUGGUGUCAGGAGAAUCUCAUCAUCAAGAAUUUGUGGGACAUUUGCAAUGCUGAACAUUCACACAUCUGCGAAACUUGUGUUCCGAUCCUCCUACAUUGCAUCACUCUGCCGUCUGGUUCGGACGUCUUCUGGCGCGUCAUCCAAGACGAGUUUCAUAGCAGUGAUUGGAGAGUUCGUUUUGUUGCAGUUGAGAGAGUGACAGUGAUCGCUCGCUUCAUGGACUCGACGCCCUUGAGAGCUGUGAUGCCAUUACAAGCAGCUCUGGCCAAUGCCUUUUGUUAUCUGAUCUCGAGUAUGGACGACCCUAACGUACAAGUGGCCCAACGUGCUACCCUCUAUCUAGGAACUGUCCAUGACACUGCUAUGCAGUCUCUUAUCAUGUGCUUGGAGACACAGUUUGAUUCUGUGAUUGUUGACCGUCCGAUGGUACUUCAAUCUAUCUACCAACUCCACAACAGCCUCAGCGACCGCAAGAUCCUUUCCUGGGAGUUCUUUUUGAAUCGUUUCGAUGCGCUCUUCCUUGAGGCUCAGCUCAAUUUGGAAAAGACAUCCGGAGAUGUUUCUUACUUCAGAGAUCUGAGAAACACGGACAUGAAGAGUGAGGUGUUCAUACGCAAACUGCAUCGAGCACAGGAGGCGCUCACUCAGUCGGAUACAGGCUCCAGCAAGACACUGAGCGCAAGCUUCGGUCCCAAGUGGCCGUACAAGCGCACCAUGUCUGCUCCAGCGUCCAUGGUCCCUCGGCAGGACACCAAGGAGGAAAAGGAGAAGGUGUACAGCCGACAGUCGUCUGCUCCGAUCCUGAAGCGGAAAAGUUCUAGAUUUGGAUUGGACGGACACAUACACUCAAUGAGUGCAGCUCCGGUGCCAGACGAAACUAACCUCGUCGGCUUCAUGCAUCGAGUUAUCGAUCUUGAGGAAUCAGAUCGAGAGACGAUGCAUCUCUUGGUGUUUCUGCUGAUGCAGUUUCUGUCUCGUUCCGAUCAGGCUUUUCCUAGUGAUGAGAAAUCUCAGGCAAAAACACAAACAAUUGUACUGCGCCACCUGUAUCUACUGCUCGGUUACAACCAAAAUGAACGAGGAUUUCACAUUCCUUCUCAUCGUUUGCGGCAGUCGCCAGUGUUCAACGUGUUCAUCGCCAAUCUGCCCCAGCUGCUGGACCAGAACCACCUGAUGGGUUGGAUGGUGAUCCCCACAUGUCUAGUGCUGCUGCAGUACUGCCCCUGUCCUCCCCACCACCACCCUCCAGAGUCCCCCCCUCACCCUCCCUACAGCCUGUGGUACCUGGAGCCUCACACUCGCCGCUCCUGGCUCAUGUCCUUACUGGUCCUGUUGUACAAGUACCAAUACAACCAGCAGCCACUGUGCUCUCAACUGCAGGCUCUGGUGAAGAUUGUGAUCAACACGUUGGACUCCCAGCAUCACGUAUGUCGCAGGAUACCUCCCACAGUUGUGAUGGGGGCCCCCCCCUCUCGCUCUAGAGAUGUGAGCCAACCAUCCCUGGGAGUGGAGGGGGAACACGGAGGGAUGGACACGCCCCCUCUCUCCCCCAUGUACUCGGGGGCUGACGUGACUGGUCAUGUAACCUCCCGAGGCAAGACCUCAGCCGUCUACCACCAAAAGUCCCCCAGCUCUAUGGAGACUCACUGGGAGGAAGACGUUCACUCUCUCAAAGGAAAGAGACACUUAGAAGCUGGAUAUUCUACUGAAGCAGAAGAGACAGAAUCUGAGCUCGCUGCGAUUCCAGAAAGUAAAUCUGACAGCACAGCUCAUGGAAGUUCUCAGGGUUCAUUUGAGGAAGAUCGAACGGAUGAUCCAGAUGGCAAGAAGAAAGGCAAUGACGGAUCUAGCAGAGGCACACGACCAGUGUGGUUCUUAGGCAGUGACGAUCAUUCGAUCCAGAAGAGUAAUGGGUCCGGCCUCGCUGGUCUGGCAGGCAAGUGGGGGGUGAAGGAAGGGAUGAAGAUGUUAGUGACGUCGUCUCUGUUCUCGGUAACUCCACCAAGCAAGAUAGUCCCACCCACCAGCCCCGCCGAGAUGUCUAGCAAAACUCCAUCUGCGUCCACCCCCUCCAUCCCAACAGUCAGGGAGGGACCUACACCGGUCUCUCCCCAUCAUCCACCCCCACCACUGACACUCAAGCCUACCUUGGAGAAGGAUAGGUCGCUGGAGAAGGACACAGAGUGUUGGCCGGACAACUCGCAGCAUGGGUCACCCGUCCCUCGGCCAAUGGGAAGAGGCAAGCGAGCACCGGAGGGAGGGAAUACCCCCACCUCCACCUCCUCAUCUACCCCCACCCCUACCCCUACAUCGCACCCUCCCUGGCAGAUAGAUGGACCAGGAGCACACUACAAGGCACAUUCCACUCUGCCCUGUCAAGAGCGACUGCUGCACACAGGAAACUCAGGGAAACCAGUGUGCAAAGCGAUGAUCUCUCGGCGCCAAGAAGAAACGACAAACUACGGCUCGCCUGACUCUCCUCUUUCCAAGAUGGACGUAAUAUCAGUUGAGUCACCACAAGAGAGUCAGACGGACUCAGUACAGAGUGUCUCUCAUCUAGAGAUGCCACCACAAGAGAGACUGCUGCCUAUCGGCUCAUCUGUGCCUGCGUUGGUGCAACAUGUUAGACAAGCACUGGGCGUCAACUCCUGCGACCUUGAGCGCAAAGCUUCCAUGGACCAAGGUCCAACAAGGUCCCCGAGUGACAUAGACUCCUUGUCUUACACCAAACAAGACAGCUUUGAGAGAAGCGAACCGCUACAGACUAGCCGUAGCAUCAGUCCCCGCAGACUCAUCAAGCAAGUCGCGUUGGAAUCCCCACCACCUACCAACCAACCUGAUCAUGAUGCUGGCUUUUUCCGCAAACCCUCCUCAGGGAAAGCAGACGACAAAGACAGGAUGCAGAAGUCAAAGGUGAGGAGACAGGUUCCGUUUGCGGCAUCGGCCGGAGCUUACAACGUUUCCGACAGCUCUCGUAGACCUACCUCCUGGUGUGGGGCGCAGCAACAAUCCCUCCUCAACCCGGCUACGCAGCAAGCCUGUCAUGCUGCGUUUGAACUGAAGCAGAGCUCCUUCAGAGUGGGCGAGGACUGUGUGUACGAGAGGUGUGGCGAGUGCGGAACAGUGAGGGAAGAGUACAGCGAUGAGGAACUCGGACUGUGUAUCGUCAUUCUGGGGACCUUCAUACACAGAGAGCCUGCACUGGCAGCACCGCUGCUGCCUGACAUACUCACCAUCGUGGCCAAGCUUGCGAUGAGUGCCACUUACCCCUGGCAGUGUGAGAGCAACAUGUAUCUGCCAGGCGGUGCUAUCAGUGUGGCGCAUCAGUUCAUCCGCUGUGUUCUACACCAGCUGGCACCCAAUGGAGUGUUUGUGCAGAUGUUCCAGACACAUGUGUCAGAUUCCUCAAGGAUGCAGUUUUUCAGAAGCGUUGCUCAAGCUCUUCUAGAUUUCAAUGAGCUUAACCCCAUUGCACCUCUGCAGUUGCUGUUAGAAAACCUCAACUCCAAGAAGUCGCUGUGUCCUGAGCAGUUGCCAGUGAUCCUGCACAACACUGCAUGCUAUCUGGACUGUUUGCCGCUAGAGGCCGGGCUAGGCCCAGGGGCGUCCACGUGGUCUGCCCUCCUGGCACAGCUGGAGUUGCUGUUCCGGCGCAUCGUGUUUGUAAUGUACUCUCUGUCAGAUGUGACAGCGCUGCUGCGCAUCAUGGUGUCGGUGCUACGAGUGCCCGGCGUCCAAUCUACCAAGGGAAUCCUUGACCCGUUCUCAAAGAUACUCGCAUAUGGAAUCCAAAACUGCUCGAUUAAGUACCACUAUUUGAUAGAUCUUUGCUACCUCUGCAAUCGAGCAUUUACUCGGGAAAGGGAGAAGCAGGUUUUGACUAGAGUGGUGGUUUUUGAGCUCGUUCAAGCUAUUAAGUUCAAAACAGCGAUUCCAGACUCAAACUUCUUGAUGCUGAUCAACUUUAUACUCCAGGACUCUGGUGGCAUCCUACCACCCAGUGUGGCUAUGGAAGGCAACAUGCCGACUCCAUACAUGGACGGGCCUGUGAUCAACACAGGGGCUGCUGAUUGUAUGAGACAACAUCUCAACGAUGCUCUGGACUUUCUCUCAGACUUCCACACACUUGGCAAAAUAAAGAGUUUCUGUAAGGGAAUGCCAGUGGGACUUAACGAGGACACUCUCGGAGGAACGCUGAAGAGUGGAAUUGCACAGUUUGUGGCUCUAGAGAUGAUGAGAGGUAACAACCGAGACAACAGAGCGGCCGCGAGGUGUCUACCUUGGCUCUACGGGACUACUUCUCUCCAGCAGGGACCCAGGGAGUUCCUGGACUGUGUUGGCCACAUCAGGUUGUUGUCCUGGCUGCUGCUAGGCUCUCUGACACACACUGCGCUGCAUGCCAACGUAUGUACGCCAGUGCCUCAGGAGGCUUCGUGUCAGAUAGCUGACCAUGUGCAGAUCAUCAUGGCUGGGUUUGCAGAACAGCCGAAGGCCUCUGUACCUCACAUGUCGUCUUUGUUUCACGCCUUCGUGCUUUGUCAGCUGUGGACGGUGUAUCUGGAGCAGAAUGCUGCUGGUAAUCUUCCCUCUACCGAAGCUCACUCCACCAUGGUUGGCAUCCUGUUUGACUUCUGGGGCAAGGUGACGCCUUGUGUGCUGCAAAUGGUGUCCCACUCCAAAGUGCUGGCAGAGAUGGUCAACCUGCAUUUCCUCAGCCUGUUAGAGGGACUUUUAGAAUGUAACUCUGCAAUUCUGAGCAAACUGCUGCCCAUCUGGAGUCCUGUUCUCUUUGCACAUUAUAUCCAGCUCCCAGGACAUCUUCAGCUGAGGCUGCAGGGUUGCCGCAACCUUCCCCCCGUCACACAGUUGGGCCAACCUCAGGCUGAACGAAUUCACAAUCCACAACUGCUGCGGUGGUUGCAGCGACUGCAGUUCAAGAUGGGUCAGAUAGAGUUGCAAUCCUCCGCAGCAACACACUUCUACUCCAUCUAGACUGAUGUCUGAGUGUAUACACAACCCCUAGUUGCUGCGGUGGUUGUAGCUGCAGUUCAUGAUGCGUCAGAAUUGUAGUCCUCCACAGUAACAGAUUUAUACUCCAUCUAGACUGAUGUCUGAGUAGUAUAUACACAACCCCUAGUUGCUGCAGUGGUUGUAGCUGCAGUUCAUGAUGCGUCAGAACUGUAGUCCUCCGUAGUAACAGAUUUCUACUCCAUCUAGACUGAUGUCUGAGUAGUAUAUACACAACCCCUAGUUGCUGCGGUGGUUGUAGCUGCAGUUCAUGAUGCGUCAGAAUUGUAGUCCUCCACAGUAACAGAUUUAUACUCCAUCUAGAUUGAUGUCUGAGUAGUAUAUACACAACCCCUAGUUGCUGCGGUGGUUGUAGCUGCAGUUCAUGAUGCGUCAGAACUGUAGUCCUCCGUAGUAACAGAUUUCUACUCCAUCUAGACUGAUGUCUGAGUAGUAUAUACACAACCCCUAGUUGCUGCGGUGGUUGUAGUUGCAGUUCAAGAUGCGUCAGAACUGUAGUCCUCCGUAGUAACAGAUUUCUACUCCAUCUAGACUGAUGUCUGAGUAGUAUAUACACAACCCCUAGUUGCUGCGGUGGUUGUAGCUGCAGUUCAUGAUGCGUCAGAAUUGUAGUCCUCCACAGUAACAGAUUUAUACUCCAUCUAGACUGAUGUCUGAUGUUCAAAACAGGUCUAUCUAGGUAGAUGUUAGAUGUUAAGUUACUAUGUAAGUUACAUCUUAGACUGAGUUUUUUGCAUCAAAUUUUACCCUCUAUUGUUGUAAAAAGUUACCUUGUUAGUAGUCACAACUUCCCAAGUUGAAGAUGUUACUGUUGUAUUUAAGCUAUGUUAUUUAGUUGUGUUAACCAGCAAAAGCUCUAUUUACAAGAUAAAAAACUAAAUAAUCACUGAUGAAUACUUGUGUGAUUUAUGAAUGUAAUUUUGUAAAAAAAAAAAAAUAUUUUUAACACCUUACUACUUGAAAAAUGGUGUUAGUACAGAAAGAAUGCUUUAACAAAAUAUACAGAAUUGAAGUAAUUUAUUAGUGAGAAAAGAUAUUUUAAAUGUAAUGAAAUAAUAGAUUAUGAAUUAAGCGAUCCUUGAAACUCUUUCAUAGAUGAUGUUUGCAAAAGAGUUUAUAAUUUUGUAAGAUACAAGAAAUUUUACUUGUAAAUAAGACUGAAUUGGAUAUUAGGUAAAAUUAAUAGUCGUUAUUGUUACCUACUGGAAAGAAAUAUUUUAUCUCGAUGAAUGUUGUAUACAACCAUGUAUGAACAAUAAAAAGCUAAAUAAUA